UUUUUUUCUCUCCUCCUCCUGCGAAAGAAGCCGGUCGGUCUGUCAGCGCUCAAACCUGCGGGAUUUUGAUUCAGAGACGGACGAGAUCCAGCGAGUCCAAAUGACGCGCACCGCCAGGAGGGACUGACGCGCGCAACGCUUUGUUUUAUUUGUUUUUUCUUUUGAUUAUUAUUUUAUCAACUUAAUAAGUUUGAACCUACGUGGUGUUUUCAUGACAUCGUCGCAUGCGCUGUUUCUUUCUUUCUUUCUUUUUUUUUGAGGAUUUAUUGAUAUAUAUAUUUUUUAAUGGGGAGGAGGAUCGUUCCUCCGCUGCGGGAUGCGUGCGUGGAUUUACACCAACACGUCCCUCACCAGGAUGGAGCCGUGGGCACGAGUGACACCUCUGACGUCUCUUUAAACGCCAGAUCUCCAUCACGCUGACUUUUUGUGUGUGUGUGUCUUUCCUCCUCCUUUCUUUCUUUCUUUUCUUUCACGCACAUGUCGGGAAGGUAGAUCUUGGGUAAUGGGAGAGAGGACGCACGCGGAUUCGGCGCAGACAACAAGGGAACAUUGUUCGGAGAAAGACAAUUAGCGCGCACCGGGUAGCUGCUGCUGGCUGGGUGGCGAGAGAGAACUUCCAAACCCGACCUGCUGGACUUCUGCUUGGACAAGAAAGGACAAAAUAAUCAGGAGAGCUAUGGGAUUGACGGCGAAAUAGUCGGAGCGUGGACGCGCGCAGAAGCCAUUUGUGUGUUUGUUGGAGACGUCGAUCCAGACGCACGGAUUUGGACAAGUUUCUCCUUUGCGCUCGGUUAUCUGUUGAAUUUUUGGAGCUCCGAAUCGAUGAUCACGUCCAGCUUCACCUUCUGACUGCGGUUGUUUUUAAGAAAUUUGUUCACACCCAAGCGCAUUAGAGGAAACAAAAACACCCCCAUUUCUUUUAAAUGGGACUGAAUAUUGUGUUGGUCAGGGUUGAGAUGGCGUGGCGAGGGAGUGGGAACGGAUUGUGGAUCCUGCUGGUAUUCUUACUGGAUUUACUGGGUACAACAGCCAGCAAUAUGGAGCCCAUCUACUGGAACUCCCAGAACGAAAGGUUCAGUGAUGAUAAGGGCUACAUUCUGUACCCUCAGAUCGGGGACCGGCUGGACCUGAUCUGCCCCCCUUUGGACACUGUCAGGUCUACGCCGGAGUACGAGUUCUACAAGCUGUACCUGGUGUCAUCACGGGAACAGGCAGACCGCUGCGAGGUGUCGGGCCCCCCUAACAUCGUGCUGACCUGUGAUGAACCCACACGCGAGCGUCGCUUCACCAUCAAAUUCCAGGAGUUUUCGCCCAACCUCUGGGGCCACGAGUUCAAGAGCAUGCAUGAUUACUACAUCAUCGCCACAUCAGAUGGGACGCGCCAAGGCUUGGAUAGCAUGAGAGGCGGAGUUUGUGCAACACAAGGCAUGAAGGUGGUCCUGAAAGUAGGACAGAGCCCGUACGGGCUGCCGCCAAAGAACAAGCCGGAGCAGACUGCGGGACGCGCCACCAAUCGGAACCCAGGUGGGACGGGGAAUUCCACCCACUCUCAAGGACCUACGAACAGCAUCGGCGGAGGUGACGGCAGCGGUGAGAACGGGCCCCUGCAGCCCUCCAACAUCGCUCUCAUUGCCGGUGCAGCUGGAGGCUCCGCCUUCCUCCUGCUGGUCACCGCAGUGAUCUGUGUGGUGUGCUACCGACGGCGGCAUGCCAAGCACUCAGACACACACCACCCUCCGCUGUCGCUGUCCUCGCUCACCAGUCCCAAACGGGGAGGUGGCGGGGGCAUCACCAGCUCCAACAACAACGGCUCAGAGCCCAGUGACAUCAUUAUCCCUCUACGGACAUCGGAUUCGGCCUACUGCCCGCACUACGAGAAGGUGAGCGGAGACUAUGGGCACCCUGUCUACAUUGUCCAGGAGAUGCCACCACAGAGCCCGGCAAACAUCUACUAUAAAGUAUGAGACGGCUACUCCUCCAUCCGACUGAACCCACCCACCUCUCACUGCCUACUGCCAAUCCCCUGGCCCUCCCCCCGUCAAAGCAGCCACAGGAAAGCUCACUUCACAAUUCUGCCCCUGAACCCCUCAGUACUCUGAGUGUUACCCCUUGGCAGCUCCCCUCACCAAACAGUGGGCCACAGCUGGGUUCCAAGCUGUGCAAAGCUGCGUUCUCACACACCUGGGCCACUACAUGUGUGUUAAGGGCAAUGUUAUAUUAGUACUAAAAACUGGAUAAGAGCCUCUGAGUGCCCCCUUCCUGUUGCCUCAUGGUUAAACAAGCCCCCACUUGUCUUUAAUUGAAGAAUCGCCUCUACAACAUGACAAAAAGUAGGUCGUGGGUGCGCGAACACUCUUUGUCUAGGAGCAUGGACCUAGCUGUGGGAUUUUCUACAAAAACUACACCCUUGAAUCCACUUGCUGCUGGGGUACUCUGAUUCCCAGAGACCACACUUGUCAUGCUCUGCCCCCUGACCCCCAACCACCAUCGCCACUCAGAGCUCAGCCAACCAGAGACCAGCCUUGCCAUCUAACUCACCAAUAGGAUCCUGGUUUAUUUGCAUUUGUUUCCUCCUGUGAUCACAGGAGGGGGGGGGGGGGGGGUGGUUGCGCCUUGGACUCACCCAGUCAGCCAGGGCAUCAGUCACAUGACCAGACCCCACCCUGAGGAGUUCUGACCAAUCGCGUCAUGGAGACACUCAGAAUCUUGUAUAUUUUAAUAAGGUGCGUGUGACUGUGCGACUGACUUGGAUAGCGUGCAGGCGCAGCUAGGCGCGCGUGUGUCGCGAGGGCACUUUUGCAUAUACGCACACGUGCAGUUCAGUUUGCGUGUGACGCUUCGUGCGACUGUGCGUAUGUUCUUUAGACUUGUCUUAAAUACCAAAACACAAAAUAGUGAGCAAAUAUCAAAAAAGUGAGAAUUUUUUUUAAUCGCUAUCAACACUUAUAGAUGAUAUAUAUGAAUAUUCAGUAAAUGAUUUGUAGAUUUUUUUUAUCCUUUCUGUUAAACUACAUUUCAUUCUUUAGACAUUUUUACCCAUUUUUUGUUUGUUUUUUGCAGCAUAGAAACCUUUUCUCCCUCCCUUUCCUCCUUAUGUUUUGUAUUAAUUUAAUCUUUUAAAACAAAAAAUUUCAACAGAGGUUGUUCCUCUCUUCCUUCUCUCCUUCGCCCCCUCCUCCUCCACCCCCUCUAGGGUCUCCAAACUGUAUAUUUUUAUAGCUCCUCGUACUGCGCUUGUAGUUUUGAAGUUUAGACCUCGUUUGUGGAAGUGUUGAGGUAGAACCA